AUGACGUCUCUGGCAACGCCAAAAUCAUUCCAACGCUUCAGCAGCCUCCCAGUAGAGCUCCGAAUCACGGUUUGGCGCUUCGCUCUUCCAGAUCCAAGACUUGUGAAAGUCAACUACAACGUUCAGACUGGUCGCUUCUACAGCACCGCCAAAACCCCAGUCAGUCUCCAGAUCUGCCAGGAAUCGCGUCACGAAGCAAGAAAUUGGGAACUGCAUUUUGGCACCGUCGGUCAUCCACCUCAGAUCCGUGCGAAUCUUAACAUCGACACCAUCCAGCUAGAAUGGGAGCCUAUCCGCGUGCAGGCCGUCCCCACAAGAGAACUCCACAGGAUUCGCCAUCUGGCAGUGGGAGGGAUGGAUAUACAACGAGUCGAGGCCGACACCAUACUCGCCCAACUCCUCUCAUUCCGCAAGCUGGAACAUCUGACUCUCGUAUCACCACCACCAGAGCCUUUGUGUGCUAGGUAUCACAGCACAGAAUACUCUUUAUUUCGGAGUAUAAGUGGCGAGCAUGAGAUGUCCGCGCGAGUAAAAGCUGAACUUUUGGCGCAUUCCGAGAGAAGGUAUAUGUCAUUUCAGCAACAUGCGGCGUUGGUGACGGCGAUGUUUAGAUUGAAGGAUGUUAGUAGGAGAUGGAAGAUGCCGAAGUUGUGGUUGAUUACUACAAAUCAGUGGGAUGAAAUGAUCGGGCCGUGUAUUUGGACUCUUACUGAACUUCUUGGAUUACAUACUGAGUUGAAACGCCUCGGCGUGGCAGACGUUGAUGUUAGAAUCGUAAAGAAUUGUUUACAGUCUUGA